GGCGGCGCGAGGGGGCGGGCGGCGGCCGGGCCGGGCCGGGUGCGCGCGGAGGGGCCGCGCCGGGCCGGGGCAGCGCUCGGUGGCGGCGGCGGGCGGGCGGGAUGCGCGGUCCGGCGGGGCGGCGGGGGCGGCGGCGGGGGCUGCCGCGAGCGGCCGCCGAUGGGAUGUAGCGGGCGGCUGCUGGGACCCGUCGGGGGCCGCCGCGCCUCGCUGCUCCUCACCAUGAUCCUCUUCUUCACCUACUUCUUCUACUGCCUCACGGGGCCCUGCGAGCCGCGGCCGCCCGCCGCGCUGCCCGACGGCGCCGGGGCGGCGGCCGGGGCGGCCGGGAGCCGCCGCUUCCCGCAGGCCAUCAUCGUGGGCGUGAAGAAGGGCGGGACGCGGGCGCUGCUGGAGUUCCUGCGGGCGCACCCCGAGGUGCGAGCCCUGGGCGCCGAGCCCCACUUCUUCGACAGGUGCUACGAGAAGGGGCUGCGCUGGUACCGGAGCCUGAUGCCGCGGACGAUGGAGGGGCAGAUCACCAUGGAGAAGACGCCCAGCUACUUUGUGACCAAGGAGGCUCCCCGGCGGAUUUACAACAUGUCCCGGGACACGAAGCUGAUCGUGGUGGUGAGGAACCCCGUCACCAGGGCCAUCUCGGACUACACGCAGACGCUCUCCAAAAACCCCGCCAUCCCCAGCUUCCAGGCCCUGGCCUUCAAGAACGUCAGCACGGGCCUCAUCGACACGACCUGGAGCGCCGUGCGGAUCGGGAUCUACGCCAAGCACCUGGACAACUGGCUGCGGUACUUCCCGCUCUCCAAGUUCCUCUUCGUCAGCGGCGAGAGGCUCGUGAGCGACCCGGCGGGGGAGAUGGGCCGCGUCCAGGACUUCCUGGGGCUCAGGAGGGCCGUGACGGACCAGCACUUCUAUUUCAACGAGACCAAGGGCUUCCCCUGCCUGAAGAAGCCGGAGGGCGGCAGCAGGCCCCGCUGCCUGGGCAAGUCCAAGGGACGGCCUCACCCGAAAAUCGACCUGCGGGUGGUCCAGCGCCUGCAGGACUUCUACAGACCCUUCAACAUGAAGUUCUACCAGAUGACGGGGCAGGACUUCGGGUGGGACUGAGCCGCCCCUCGGACCAGCCCCUGCCUCGCUCUAAUUUAUAUCGGACCUCUUCCGGCGAGAAACGGACCCGCACGGAGUAGAGAGAAAUAUUUAAGAAAUAAAAACACAGGUGACCCCUCUGCCCCCCCCUUCCCCAACCAGAUUAAAUAUUCUUCCGUAUAA